CGCGUUUGAAAACCGUUGCUUUCCCCCCCCUUACCUUCCCCUCUCCCUUCGGCGGGCUCUCUUAAAAUGGCGCCCUAAAGCCAGGCAAGCCCCGGAUUGGGAGGUUUGGAGGAGCGGCCCCCUGAAGAGGGGGACUGUUAGUGGGAGCGCGCCCCUCCCUCCCGCCGCCCAUUCGAGGAUGGCGAGCCCGGAUCAGAAGUCCCCCAACGUUCUGCUGCAGAACCUGUGCUGCCGCAUCCUGGGCAAGGGCGAAGCUGAUGUAGCCCAGCAGUUUCAGUAUGCAGUGCGAGUCAUUGGAAGCAACUUUGCUCCUACAGUUGAAAGAGAUGAGUUUCUUGUAGCAGAAAAAAUUAAAAAAGAACUUGUGCGGCAGGGAAGGGAAGAAAAUGCUGCUGUAUUUUCAGAGCUUUACAGAAAACUCCACUCACAGGGUGUUCUGAAAAACAGAUGGUCUAUCCUCUACCUCCUGCUCAGCCUUAGUGAAGAUCCACGGAAGCAGUCAAACAAGGUCUCAAAUUUUGCUGCACUCUUUGCUCAAGCACUACCACGGGAUGCUCAUUCAACUCCUUACUACUAUGCCCGGCCUCAGAGUCUUCUGCUGAAUUACCAAGACCGAAAUGCCCAGUCUGCUCUGAAUUCUGGCAGUAUGGGCAGCAGUGGGAUCAGCAGCCUGGGCAUGUAUGUCCCAAACGGGCCAACACCAACUCCGCAAUCAUUUCUUCCAGGACAAUCUUAUCAGCGUGCAGGAGUGGGAGAGUGUCUCCGGCAACAGCUGGGGGCACGGCUUGCUUGGUCUCUAACUGCAGGACAACCUACAUUACAGAACUCUACCUCAAAAGGCCUUUCAACCACUGUUUCACGUAAUGUGCCACGGUCAAGACGGGAAGGGGACCUAAGUGGCUCUGUUGAAGUAACCGAGGCACAUCUUGUGAGAGACAUUUUAUAUGUCUUUCAGGGGAUAGAUGGCAAAAUCAUUAAAAUGUUCAAUUCAGAAAACUGUUACAAAGUAGAUGGAAAGGUGAGCAUUUCCAAGUCUCUCCGAGAUACUACAAGCAGGCUUGCUGAGUUAGGAUGGCUGCACAAUAAAAUAAGAAAGUAUACUGAUCAGAGGAGUAUGGAUCGUGCCUUUGGACUAGUGGGCCAGAGUUUUUGUGCUGCCUUAAACCAAGAACUCAAAGAAUACUACAGGUUAUUAUCUGUUUUACACUCACAGUUGCAAGUAGAAGAUGAUCAAGGUGUGAAUUUGGGAAUUGAGAGCAGUUUAACACUUCGCCGGCUCUUAGUCUGGACGUAUGAUCCUAAGAUAAGAUUGAAGACGCUUGCUGCACUUGUUGAUCACUGUCAAGGAAGAAAAGGUGGUGAGCUUGCAUCUGCUGUUCAUGCCUACAGCAAAACUGGGGACCCUUACAUGAGAUCCCUAGUGCAGCAUAUUCUUGGUCUUGUAUCACAUCCUGUCUUGAAUUUCCUUUAUCGCUGGAUUUAUGAUGGGGAACUAGAGGACACCUACCAUGAAUUCUUUGUAGCUUCAGAUCCCACUGUAAAAACAGAUCGGUUGUGGCAUGACAAAUACACAUUGAGGAAAUCGAUGAUUCCUUCAUUUAUUACAAUGGAUCACUCAAGAAAGGUUCUUCUAAUAGGAAAAUCCAUAAACUUCUUGCAUCAGGUCUGUCAUGACCAAAGUCCAUCAUCCAAGAUGAUAGCUGUGGCCAAAUCUGCAGAAUCUCCAAAAGAUGCUGCAGAAAUGUUCACAGAUUUGGAAAAUGCAUUUCAGGGAAAAAUAGAUGCUGCCUAUUUUGAGACAAGCAAAUACUUGCUAGAAGUCCUUAAUAAAAAGUACAAUUUACUGGAGCACAUGCAGGCUAUGAGACGCUACUUACUUCUCGGUCAAGGAGAUUUUAUCAGGCACUUAAUGGAUUUGCUAAAACCAGAGCUUGCAAGACCAGCUACCACUUUAUAUCAGCAUAAUUUGACAGGAAUCCUUGAAACAGCUGUCAGGGCAACUAAUGCACAGUUUGAUAAUCCUGAGAUCCUCAAACGCUUGGAUGUCAGACUUUUGGAGGUGUCUCCUGGUGAUACAGGUUGGGAUGUUUUCAGCUUAGACUAUCAUGUCGAUGGACCAAUUGCAACGGUGUUUACACGAGAGUGCAUGAGCCACUACCUGAGGGUGUUCAACUUCCUGUGGAGGGCAAAACGAAUGGAAUAUAUUCUCACUGAUAUAUGGAAGGGACAUAUGUGCAAUGCAAAGCUGCUAAAAAACAUGCCAGAACUUUCUGCGGUACUGCAUCAGUGUCACGUUCUGGCAUCAGAAAUGGUCCAUUUCAUUCAUCAAAUGCAGUAUUACAUUACAUUUGAGGUGCUUGAAUGCUCAUGGGAUGAACUAUGGAACCAGGUUCAGCAAGCUCAGGACUUGGAUCAUAUCAUUGCAGCGCAUGAAGUUUUCUUAGAUACAAUUAUAUCUCGCUGUUUACUGGACAGUGAUUCAAGAAUGCUUCUCAACCAGCUUCGAGCUGUCUUUGAUCAGAUUCUUGAGUUUCAAAAUGCCCAAGAUACAAUGUACCGAGCUGCCUUGGAAGAAUUACAGCUACGAUUGCAGUUUGAGGAGAGGAAAAAAGAACGAGAACUUGAGGGUGAAUGGGGAGUAACAGCUUCAGAACAAGAGGAAGAGAUGAAAAGGAUUAAAGAAUUUCAAGGUUCAGUACCAAAAAUGUGUUCACAGCUGCGACUACUUACCCAUUUUUAUCAGGUUUUAUUUCUGCUUUGCAUGGCAUGAUCUCUGAAUUAUCAGCUCUCAGAAUAAGGCAGAGUGGGCAGCUGCUUGCACUGGCUGCUUUCCUGCAAAUCCCACCCACCUCCCACCUUUCCUGUUCUCCCAAACUUAGCUACAUUUUGUGCACAUAGCAAGCUGGAGGUUUUGAGUAGGAGAUAUACAAAGAAAAAGAGCAACUGCAUGUUUGGAGUAUUGGACAGAGUGGCUAUGGGGGCGGUCAUGAUGGACGCUUCUUCAAUAUUUACCUUUGCACCACUGUGAUAAGCCUGUGAAUCAUUUGCAGUCUUCAGAGACCCUUUUCUAUAUUUCACCAGCGAGACCACAUUAGUGGGUACAUGAGGUAUGUCCUACUGUAGCAGCCUAAGGGUAAGACAUCCCUGCUAUGGUGGUUGAGAUUAGUUCCAUCUUUACUGAGUUUCAAACAGGUAAUAAAACUGCACUGUUUUGCUGGGCCUCUCAUGGGUGUUUAAUUUUAAACAGUUUCCUUUCUGCUUUUAUUUUCCUGUUGCAAUUUGGUAAUUUAAUUAAAGGGUUUUUUAAACUGUACAUUGCCUUUAGGCCCUGGUGAGCAAAAAAAUCCCAAUCUAGACAUAUGAUGAACAACAACAUAAGUUAUCUCAAUUCCCACAUUUGUAAAAAGCAUGACAUACACCCUGAAACACAUUAUGUUUAAAUUAAAAAUGGCAUAAACACAGCAAAAUGUGUCAAUUGCAUUCAAUCACAAUCACAUUAAGGGUCCAUAAUCUUUUUCCAAAUGCUUCAGCAAAUAUAAAGAUAAAGCAUUAGUGUAAAUGUUUCAAAAUGAACCCCAAAUUUCACUGACAUUAAAAGUAUUGUCUUUACCUGCUGGAGGAAGAUUUCUGUUAUUGCCCUCGAUAGUGCUCUUUUCCGUAAUUCCAUGAUCAAGUUUUAUCAGAGCUUUUCUUCUCUCAUUUUCAGUGAUAUACUUCACUUGCUUAUCCACUGAACUAUUUACUAUCACUUGCAAACCAUUGUCUUUUAGUAUUACUGAAUCGGUUUUUAUGUCUUGGUUAAAAAUGUUGCUGGCGACCACAUGAACUUCGGGAACCUCUCUUGAAUCUUUUAAAUUGUAAAUGUCAAUCUGAGUUUUGCUUGAAUUGUCAGCAGAAUGAAAUCUUACAGUAAUAUUAGUUGUUCUUAUUGCUCUGCCACCAUUAUUACCAGCAUUUUUGUCCUGUAUCAAGCCAGGAAGCAAAGGCCUUUCUUUUUUAUCCUCUUCGGUUCCUGCACCCUGUCCCUUUGGAGUGUUCAGAAGGCUAUAUGGGAAAAUCUUGUACAACUUGUUACCCAUCAGCACUGAAUAGUUAUUGGGAAAAGGGAUUUCUUGUGUUGUUGGGCUACUAGGCGUUGCCUUGCCUUUUACAGAGGAUCCUGAAACAAUAUAGUUGUAUACAUUAAAAUUCUACCAGGAUAUUCUGCUCUACAAACUAGUCAUGCAGACUACACAUACAAUUCACAUGACACUACUUCACAUUGUGACUUUAAGCAAAUUUCCUUGGAAGCAAGUACCCCCAAAUGAAAAGGAAGAAUUUCCAAGCACAUGUGUUUUAGAAUAACAUAUAUGAUGGUGAAAACAGUAGGGGAGUGUUACCAAAAAUAAAUGCAGGCCUUCUGCACAGGAAUGUUAGUAAACAAAAUCCAAGAACAGGGACUACCUGCCUUUUACCAUAUUCAUGUGUACAGUUAAUGGUCUGCCUUCUUUCUCUGAAUUUUCAUGUUCAUGCAUCAAAUUCUUUUGGUGCAGAACUUGGAUUUGGUGAUCUGCAAAUAAAAUAACCUGUAUGAAUAUGAGAUCAUGUCCAAAAUGAAACAAUCUUUAAAAUGGUUGGAUUCUGGUAUAAUACUGUGGCUGUAAGCAAGAAAAUCUCCAGAUCAAAACUCUCAUUGGCCAUCUCACACAGUGGUUUAGGCAAACCACCUUUGAGCCUUCCUCCCCUUCAAUCUGCAGUGACAAGAUCGUAAUACAACCCUAUCUUACAAGAAAUAUUUGGGAUAAUUACAUGAAGCACCCUGAACACUCAGAAGUAUGCUAUACAAAUACUAAAGACAAUUGACAUGCUAUGUAAGGAACAGGUAUAAGAGCAAAUACAUAUUAUACUAGGGAGGUUUUCCUAUGAAAUGCUUUUGCAAUGAUCUAGAGCAGGGUAGCAGAAACAAUUAAAAUCUAAAGCUGUAUUUACGUAUUUGAUUUAUGCCACACCUUUAUACCAAAAAAUAAUACUUUGGGUAUUUUUUAUUUAUUUAACUUUUAUAUGCCGUCACCACAUGCCUCAGCAUAGUUUUAUUAUUUACAUGUUUUAAUCAUGUUUAAUACCAGCAUAUAGGAUACUGUGCAUUGCAUAUGCAUGACAUGGUUCUUGCCAUGGUCACAAGACCUUUAAUGGCCACAGCCAAUGACCCAGGCAUACUGAUUUAAAUUCUGUUGAGUUCAGUGGGACUCACUUCAGGGUAAAUAUGCUAAGGAUUGCAGUUGAAGUAUAAGUUAGUCUAGGCCAACCUGCCAGGAAACCUCUUGGCAUUUUAGACUACAACUCCCAUAAUCUGUAACCAUUGUUCAUGCUGGCUACAGUUCAUGGGAGUUGUAGUCCAAAAAAAUCUGGAAGUACCAAGUUGGAAAAGUCUGAUCUAAGAGUUACAACAUUCAUAUGAUGGAUUGCAGUCACACUUUUUGUGCUUAACUAUAUACAGUGUGUAACAGGCAUCACUACAGUAACUUGAAGAGUUUUGCUGCAAGAGGCUGACACUGCUGUCAAAUGGCAUGGGAAUCUCUCACCCAAUUUUCAUCUAUAAACAAAAUGGGAAGUUGGGAGAAUCCAUGAGGAAAGCUUCAUCAGAUGCUGCAGCUGGGUGUAGACGGCUGCCACAUGGAUAAGAAGUAGCUUGCUCAUGUAGAUUAAGACAUAUCAUGAAAAAAUACUACCCAUUAUCCAAAUCCAAACCAAUACGUACUUUUGAGUAAAUGCACAUAAUGAAAACCCAAAUAUUAUAAAAUGAUUAUCAGAGCAUUUUGAGUCAAUUUCUCAGUCAUAUAUUUCAGCUCUUCUCUAGCGAUAUGCUCCCGCUUAUUCACAAAGUCCAACCUUCUGUGCAUUUAUCAAUUUAUUAGAUUUAUAUCCCACUUUUUUCUUACAAAGAACUCAAUGCAGCUUACAUCAUUCUCCUCUUCUGGCUCUCAAUCUUAACCCAACAACUACAACUCUGUGAGGUAGGUUGGGCAAAGAGUUUGUGACUGACCCAAAGUCACCCAGUGGGCUUCCUGGUUAAGGGGGGACUAGAACCCACGUUGCCUGAGUCCCAGUCUGGGCUCUUAACCGCUAUGCCACACUGGCUCAUUUUUGUGCACUGACAAGUAAGGUCAAUAAUGUAUGUUAGAGUAAUGGGAUUGCCAUCUAUGCCAAAGAAUUGAUACUUACCAAGUAAUUUAAUAAUUUCUUUAAGAUUCGUUUUUGAAAUUACUGAAGUGUGCACAUCUGCAAAAAAAUAAACAGUUUUACAAUAAAACCAGUUAUUAAGGCCACAUGUCUGAACCACCUUUAAAACUGUCCAUCUUCAUCAGCUAUACUGAAACAUCUUUGAAAAGAUUAGGGAUGAUGUAUUAAGAUACAAUCCUUCCAAAGCCAAUGGAAGGUGGAACCAAUUUUUCUGACCAAACUGAUGUAGGAUGAAAGUGAAUUCCGCAAUUUUUUUGCACUAUCCAGCUUAAGAUGCUUGUUCCAACACACAUCUAAUCUGAACUCAAGCCACUUUUACCAUGCUACCACAAAGUGCCCAAAACUGAAUUUAGCCAAGGCAUAGCAUUACCUUAAGUCCAAAUUAAAGUGAGUCCUCAAAGUCUCAGGAAGUGAUAGCAGACUGAAACCAAAGAUAACUCAGAGAGACCAAGAGAUGAAAAUGUUCUGCACCUACAUGCCAGGCUAAAGUAAGGUAAUAAGAUGACUUACUAAUUUGUGGUAAAAUUCACCUGAAAGGACUGAGUGCCAUUCUCAUGGGGGUCUAUUCCUGUAUAUGAAUACCAAAACAAGUAAAAUAAAGCAAGUAGGGCUCUCUUUUAAUUGCAAAUAUGUACUACUUUAAUUGAUAUAGGGUGUAGUUCCUGGGGACCAGUGAGUUUUAGAAGUUUUGUCUGUCUAAACAUGCAUAGAACUGCCCCCUUGGUUAAUGCAUAAAAGCUAUUAAUCUGGGCAGUAAGAUGAAACAGGAGAUGCCAGUCAAGAAGUCAUAUAGGAAGACUUCUAGAACUGCAAGCUUUUGUUUAACCAUUGGGACAUCUGUCACAAAGAGGUUUCUAGCAAUCCUUGAUGGAUGAAAAUGGAGUUUUUUUCCAUAAAAAUCCAGUUUGGAGUGUAACUAGAUUAGGAAGGACAGCUAGGGAAAUGGAGAGCUUAUAAGACAAAAUACCACUGAAAAGCAAAGUCCAACUGUGAGUUUCUUAUAGCAUAACGAACAGCCACAAUCGUGUAUAGCUUAUCUCCUGCCACUAACAAGACUUGAUCUUCCAUCUACUAGGUUGAGGGAAUGGUCAAUUUGCCUGUCUGAGGUGCUUUAUAAAGGAGCAGUCUGUGUCUGCUUUGCAUGUAUUGUUUUUCCAUCAUUUGUGCAAUAAUCAAAUCUGGCUGUACUACUAUCCUUAAAAUAAAUGAACUGAUUUACACUGGUGA